CCGCCGCCGCCGCCCGCCCGCGCUCCCGCUCCCCGCCCGCCUGCCCGCCGGUUUCUUGUGUAGAAACUGCCUGAGUCCUAGAACGCGCGGCUCGCGGAGCAGCUUGUCCGGCGCGGAAGGACUCGAGAACCGCCUGAGUGCCUUUCCUCUGAGAAGUUCAAGGUGCUUUACAGAACCUAUCUGCUAUUCAGGUCGUAUUUCUCACAGCAUCUCUGUGAGGUAGUUAUGGCCGCCAUCCGAAAAAAGUUGGUUAUAGUUGGUGAUGGUGCAUGUGGGAAGACAUGCUUGCUGAUUGUAUUUAGCAAAGACCAGUUCCCUGAAGUUUAUGUGCCCACAGUGUUUGAAAAUUAUGUAGCAGAUAUUGAAGUGGAUGGAAAACAGGUGGAGUUGGCUUUGUGGGACACAGCUGGUCAAGAAGAUUAUGAUCGCCUUAGACCUCUUUCCUACCCAGAUACUGAUGUUAUACUUAUGUGUUUUUCCAUCGAUAGUCCUGAUAGUUUAGAAAACAUCCCAGAGAAAUGGACCCCAGAGGUGAAGCAUUUCUGUCCCAACGUGCCCAUUAUUCUGGUUGGGAAUAAGAAGGAUCUUCGAAAUGAUGAGCACACGAGGCGGGAGCUGGCCAAGAUGAAGCAGCAGCCAGUGAAACCUGAAGAAGGCAGAGAUAUGGCAAAUCGAAUUGGUGCAUUUGGUUAUAUGGAGUGUUCAGCAAAGACCAAAGACGGUGUGAGGGAGGUUUUUGAAAUGGCCACAAGAGCGGCUUUGCCCAGACGUGGAAAGAAAAAAUCUGGUGCCUUGUCUUGUAAACACAGUGGGAAAGCCCAAGCCCUCACUCGGCCAGCAGUGGCAGGAUGUUACAACUUGUACUCUAAAUGUGGUCUGAUUGUCAUAGACCGCAAUGGUCAAGAGCAAGAGGACCAGGCUUCAGAGCCCAGCUUUGACCUUGGACAGGCCACUUAA